AUGUGGCAACAAGAAAAACAUUUCCUUCUUUUUCUGGUCAAAACAAGAAAAACAAUUCUUCUUCUUAUAGUUGAUAAUCCGUCCUUAAACCUUUCUGUCGACUCUUAUCAGCUGGUGGAAGACAAAGGAUGCUCUCGUAUGGUUGGUUCUUGCAAUGGAUUGAUCUGUUUGGCUGGUGAUUACUUGAUCCGCGAGUAUAAAGACCACUGGCUUCGAUUGUGGAACCCAGCCACUAGGACAACAUCUCCAAAAUUUGGGUGUGUUCGCGAAUUUCGCAAUCCACCGGAUUAUUUCGCCUGUGAUCGCUAUUAUAAAUACACAUUUGGUUGGGAUGAAUCUACCGACACUUACAAGGUAGUUGCCUCAGAAUUCAAUGAACCUGAAAUGAGAAGCAAUGUGAGGAUUCUGAGUUUGGCUGAUAAUGUUUGGAGAAAAAUUGAAAGUUUCCCAGUUGAACCCAUGGGUUCAGACUUAUCUAUGGCAAGCGAUUAUGAUGGUAUGUAUCUCAAAAGCACUAUUAAUUGGUUGGCUAUUCGUGAUAAACUUUGGUAUAUGGGUGAUGAUUAUAAGAAUAUUAAUGUUGAGCAAUUUGUUAUUGUUUCACUUGAUUUAAGAACGGAGACAUACAAUCAAUAUUUAUUACCCCGUGAUUUUGACGAUGUGCCUCCUGCAACGCCAAUUGUUAGUGUGUUGGGGGAUUGUCUAUGUUUUUCUUAUUGUUACAAGGAAACAUAUUUUGUUAUAUGGAAGAUGGAGAAUUUCGGAGUUGAUGAUUCUUGGAUUCAAUUCCUUAAAAUUAGUUAUUACAGUCUUCAAAUUGAUUAUGACUAUAGUGACGAA